AGGUAGAUGCAAGUGGGGGGAAAAAGUAUUAAAAGAAGCCCAAAUUAUUUGCAUGGGUGGCGCGCAAGCUCAAGGUAAAGCGAUCGCCUUCUGCAGUGAAGAGGCUUGCAGACUUUCUCGGUGCAGGUGUGGUGUGUCUUUCCUCUCCCGUUGAACAGCGGAAGGUGAACCGCUUGCGCGGGGCUGAUUUGCGGACUUGGAUUGACUUUGCACGGUGAAACAUGACAGCGUCUCUGGACUACCUGGUGGUUUUAUUCGGGGCGACGGCCGGGGCGCACGGCAGAAAGCUGGGAUCUGACGAGAAAGAACUGGUGCUUUUGUUGUGGCAAGUAGUGGACUUGGUGAACGGAAAGGCAGGGGUCAUACACAAAACGUUCGUAAAGCCUAGUAACUCGGAGUUAACGGAGCGAUACACUGAACAUACUGGCAUUGCAGUGGAAAAUCUGAUGACAGCGGAACCUCUGGAAGACGUCCUUCAACAGUUCAAUCAGUCUGUGAGCAAUGAGCUGAAUGAGGGAACUUCGUUCUGCCUUUGUACUGACAGCCAACUGCAUAUUCGCCAAGUCUUCCACUCCGAGGCUUCUAGCAAGAAUAUUACGUUGCCAGAGUGCUUCUAUUCCUUUUUUGAUCUGCAAAAAGAAUUCAGGAAAUGCUGCCCAGAUGCUCUGAACCUUCAUGAAAUUGAUCUCAACGUUAUGUCAAAUUAUCUACAUCUUGAAGAUAAUUCAGCCCCUUACAGAUUUGGUAUUUCCGAUAUUAUGACUGCAACCAGCAUUAUAUUAACCAUUAUUUCUGAACCACACAACCACAGGUUUGUAGAUCCAGAAAGGGUGAAUCACAAAUUUGAAACAGGGACUUGCAGCAAGAUGGAGAUGAUUGACGAUAAUACAGUCAUCAGAGCCAGGGGGUUACCCUGGCAGACGUCUGAUCAAGACGUCGCUAGAUUCUUCAGCGGUCUCAACAUAGUUAAAGGUGGUGUAGCACUUUGCCUGAAUUCUCAGGGACGACGGAAUGGAGAAGCGCUUGUGAGGUUCAUCGAUAGUGAACAUAGAGACCUGGCACUACAGAGGCAUAAACAUCACAUGGGCAAUCGAUACAUUGAGGUAUACAAGGCAACUGGGGAAGAUUUUCUAAAGAUUGCUGGAGGUACCUCCAACGAAGUAGCACAAUUCCUAUCAAAGGCAAAUCAAGUCAUCAUUCGACUGCGUGGUCUUCCUUUUGUGGCCACAGCAGAGGAGAUCCUGGAGUUUUUUGGAUCAGAUUGUCCAGUAACAGGUGGAAAGGAAGGAAUACUUUUUGUCAAAUACUCUGAUGGGAGGCCAACAGGUGAUGCUUUUGUACUAUUUGCCUGUGAAGGACACGCCCAAACUGCACUCAAGAAGCACAGGGGCUUGUUGGGGAAGCGCUACCUCGAGCUGUUCAGGAGCACGGUUGCUGAGGUCCAACAGGUUCUUAACAGGUGCACGUCAACACCCCUGGUUCCCGUUGCCCCUGCUCCUAUCAUUCCUGUGAGGCCUCAGCCAUAUAUACCUGCUGCAAGUAUUCGAGACUGUGUCCGUUUACGAGGCCUGCCCUACACUGCCACAAUUGAGGAUAUUCUGGAGUUCCUGGGGGAAUUUGCCUCUGAUAUUCGACCUCAAGGAGUGCAUGUGGUAUUGAAUCACCAGGGCCGUCCUUCAGGUGAUGCCUUUAUCCAGAUGAAGACGUCGGAUCGAGCAUUCCUGAGCUCUCAGAAAUGUCACAAAAGGACAAUGAAGGACAGAUACGUUGAAGCAUUCCAGUGUUCAGCUGAGGAAAUGAACUUUGUGUUAAUGGGUGGCACUUUAACUCGAAAUGGCUUGUCACCUCCGCCGUGUAAGUUACCAUGCUUGUCACCUUCUACAUUUGCUGCGUAUCCCACACAGGCAUCAGUUAUUUCCACUGAGAUCUGUCAGCAACCCGUUUUGGUCAUACCCCGAGUUCAUCAGCCGCCAACAGCAUUCUAUCCAGCCACUGUGCAGCUCUACGUGAACUACUCAGCAUUUUACCCAAGUACCCUGCUGAGGAAUGCCGGGAAUGUAUGCAUGCGUAUGACCAGGCCAGGACACUUCGGUAUUUAAAUGACUCAUGAAAUACAAUCCUUGUUACAGAAGACAGCGUCCUCUCGAGUCAGCGCUAAUCCCACCCAGUCUGCCUGGACAGAGCAAUGGUGGCACUUCUGUGUUGUUCCAAGCUAGCUGUGGUAGAGAAGAACCACCAACCCGUUGGCCACCCCUGUGUGGAUCCGCACGCCUUGUCAAAUACGAUGUUUGCUCCUCAGAAUGAAAUCUGGGCAAGUUGUAUGUUGAUGCAAACAGUAAUAUCUGUAAAACAUAGUUUAAAAAUUCUUAAAUCUAACAUGAUGCAAAAUGUCCAGAAAUCAUGCAACAAUUUGUAUCGCUUCUCAAAUAUUGUACCAUUCUUAUCAUCAUUAUUUUUUAGCUUCUCCUGUAGUUACAUAUGCUAUUCCAAUAAUCUAAUUAGUUUUCUUGUGCACACUUUAAGCUUUGAAGAGUUUGUGGAUGUAAAUGGCAGCAAUCAGACAUACAGUAGAGUCGUAGGACAUUACUGCACAGAAACAGGCCGUCUGAAAUGUCCUCCUCCUUUGAAGAACGGGAUUUCCCUUCCUUCACCAUUGAUGCUGCCCUCAGGCGCAUCUCCUCCAUUUCCCAAACAUCUGCACUAACCCAUCUUUCUGCCACCUCAACUGCAAUAAGAGUUCCUCUUGUUCUUGUCUACCAUUCUGUCUGCAUCCAACUCAUCAUUGUCUGCAGCUUUGCCGUCUCCAAAGGGAUCCCACCACCAAAAAUGUCUUUAAUUCGCACCUCCCCACUGCAUUCUGCAGGGAUCACUCCCUUCGCAAGUCCCUUGUCCAUUCAUCCCUCUCCACUAAUCACCCUCCUGGCAGUUAGACCAUAAGACCAUAAGACAUAGGAGCAGAAUUAGACCAUUUGGCCCAUCGAGUCUGCUCAACCAUUCAAUCGUGACUGAUCCCUUUUCCCCCUCCUCAACCCCAUUCUCACGGUAACCUUCGAUGCCAUGUCCAAUCAAGAACCUAUCAAUAUCUGCCUUAAAUACACUCAAUGACCUGGCCUCCACAGCUGCCUGUGGUAAUAAAUUCCACAAAUCCAGCACCCUCUGGCAAAAAAAAAUUCUCUGCAUCUGUUUUAAAUGGAUGCCCUCUAUCCUGAGGCUAUGCCCUCUUUUCCUAGACUCUCCCACCAUGGGAAACAUCCUUUCCACAUCUACUCUGUCUAGGCCUUUCAACGUUCGAAAGGUUUCAUUGAGAUUCCCCCCCCCCCAUCCUUCUGAAUUCCAGUGAGUACAGACCCAGAGCCAUCAAACAUUCCUUGUAUGAUAACCCUUUCAUUCCCAAAACCAUACUUGUGAAUCUCCUUGGGACCCUCUCCAAUGUCAGCACAUCUUUUCUAAGAUGGGGAGCCCUAAACUGUUCACAAUACUCAAGGUGAGGCCUCACCAGUGCCUUAUAAAGCCUCAGCAUCACAUCCCUGCUCUUGUAUUCUAGACCUCUUGAAAUGAAUGCUAACAUGGCAUUUGCCUUCCUCACCACCAACUCAACCUGCAAGUUAACCUUUAGGGCGUUCUGCACAAGGACUCCCAAGUCCCUUUGCAGAUCAGGUUCCUGGAUUUUCUCCCCGUUUAGAAAAUAGUCCGUACAUUUAUUUCUACUACUAAAGUGCAUGACCAUGUUUUUUCCAACAUUGUAUUUCAUUUACCACUCUUUUUCCCAUUCUUCUAAUCUGUCUAAGUCCUUCUGCAUCCUACCUGUUUCUUCAUCACUACCUGCCCCUCCACCAAUCUUCGUAUCAUCUGAAAACUUGGCAACAAUACCAUCUAUUCCUUCUAAAUCACCAAUAUACAGCAUAUAAAGAAGCGAUCCCAACACUGACCCCUGUGGAACACUACUAGGCGCUGGCAACCAACUAGAAAAUGAUCCUUUUAUUCCCACUCGUUGCCUCCCCGCAGGCAGCCAAAGUGCACCAUCUGCCCCUACACCUCCUCCCUCACCUCCAUUCAGGGCCCCAAACAGUCCUUCCAGUUGAGGCAACACUUCCCCUGCAAACCUGCUGGGCUCAUAUAUUGUAUCAGGUGCUCCCAGUGCAGCCUCCUCUACAUUGAUGAGACCUGUCGUAAAUUCGGGGACUGAUUUGUCCAUCACCUCCGCUCGAUCUGCCAAAAGCAGAACUUCCUAGUGCCCAGACAUUUUAAUUCUGAUUCCCAUUCCUGUUCUGACAUGUCGGUCCAUGGCCUCCUCUUGUGCCAAGAUGAGGGUGAAGAUGCAAUACCUUAUAUUCCGUCUGGGUAGCCUCCAACCUGAUGGUAUGAAUAUUGAUUUCUCCUUCUGGUAAAAACAUUUUCCAUCCCCUCUCUUUUUCUUCUAUUCGCCACUCUGGCCUUUUACCUCUUCUCAUCUGCCUAUCGCCUCUCCCUCAGUCCCCUCCCCCUUCCCUUUCUCCUACGGCCAUCUCUCCUCUCCUAUCAGAUUCCCUCUUCUCCAGCCCGUUACCUUUCCAACCUCCUGGCUUCACCUAUCCUCCUCCCCCUCCUCCAUCUUUUUAUUCUGGCGACUUCCCCCUCCUUUCCAGUCCUGAUGAAGGAUCUCGGCCCAAAAUGUCGAUAAUUAUUGGGAACUAAUUCACAGUUUUAUAGUACUGUAGUAGUAUUGAUGUUCUAAUUUGCUCUGUAUUUCACUUAAAUACAUAAUCUGUUACAUAGCUAACUGGUAGUCUGUCUUGUGUAUACCUCUUUAAAUAUUUCCAUGCAAAUUCAGCUAAUUGGGGCAGCUGCUCAAUUGGGUCAAAAUGUACUGGUCCUGCUGCAUCCCAUUUAACCACAAUCCACUGUAUACACACUGUUUACUCUAGUUAGCCUGCAUCUGGAGUAUUGAAUAACG